CUGCUCCACGGAAUGUGAUUUUUAAUAUUAAUGAAACAGCUCUUAUGUUGGAAUGGAGCCCACCUAGUGACACGGGGGGGGAGAAAAGAUCUCACCUACAGUGUCAUCUGUAAGAAAUGUGGAUCAGACACCAGCCAAUGUGAGAUAUGCGGUGGAGGUAUCCGUUUCAUCCCAAGACAUACAGGCCUGAUUAACUCAUCUGUGACUGUGCUUGAUUUUGUGUCUCAUGUGAACUACACGUUUGAAAUAGAAGCCAUGAAUGGAGUCUCUGAGCUGAGUUUCUCCCCCAAGCCAUUCACAGCUAUCACAGUUACCACAGAUCAAGAUGCACCCUCCUUGAUAGGUAUGGUAAGGAAGGACUGGGCUUCCCAAAACAGCAUUGCCCUCUCAUGGCAAGAGCCUGACUUUCCCAAUGGAGCCAUUCUGGACUACGAGAUCAAGUACUAUGAGAAAGCCUACCCACGGAUAGCGCCGGCAUUUUGGCACUACCUGCGGGUAGAAGAGCAUGAGCAGCUCAGCUAUUCCUCCACAAGGUCCAAGGCUCCAAGUGUUAUCAUCACAGGUCUCAAGCCAGCCACCAAGUAUAUAUUUCAUAUCAGAGUCAGGACUGCAGCAGGAUACAGCGGCUAUAGCCAGAAGUUUGAAUUUGAAACUGGAGAUGAAACUUCUGAUAUAGCUGCGGAGCAGGGGCAGAUUCUUGUAAUUGCCACUGCUGCUGUUGGUGGAUUCACUCUCCUGGUUAUCCUCACUCUGUUCUUCCUAAUCACUGGGAGAUGCCAGUGGUACAUAAAGGCCAAAAUGAAGUCUGAAGAAAAAAGGAGGGCUCAUUUGCAAAAUGGACAUUUGCGCUUCCCAGGAAUAAAAACGUAUAUUGAUCCAGACACAUAUGAAGACCCAUCUCUUGCUGUCCAUGAGUUUGCAAAGGAGAUAGAUCCUUCAAGAAUUCGUAUUGAGAGAGUUAUAGGGGCAGGUGAAUUUGGAGAAGUAUGCAGUGGACGUCUGAAGACCCCAGGAAAAAGGGAGAUUCCUGUUGCCAUUAAAACUUUGAAAGGUGGCUAUGUGGACAGGCAGAGAAGAGAUUUCCUGAGAGAGGCUAGUAUCAUGGGACAAUUUGACCACCCAAAUAUUAUUCGCCUCGAAGGAGUUGUUACAAAAAGAUCCUUCCCGACCAUUGGGGUGAAGUCUCUUUCGAGAUUCCUGAGCGCGGGCUUUUUAAAUAGCAUCCCGGCCCCACAUCCAGUCUCUCGGGGCGGAUCUUUGCCCCCUGGCAUUUCCUCUGGCAGACCAGUAAUGAUUGUGGUGGAAUAUAUGGAGAAUGGAUCCCUUGACUCCUUUCUGCGGAAGCAUGAUGGACACUUCACAGUCAUCCAGCUGGUUGGCAUGCUUCGUGGAAUCGCAUCUGGCAUGAAGUAUCUCUCAGAUAUGGGCUAUGUACAUCGUGAUCUGGCAGCCCGUAAUAUUUUAGUCAACAGUAACCUCAUGUGUAAAGUCUCUGAUUUUGGUCUGUCACGAGUGUUAGAGGAUGACCCUGAAGCUGCUUACACCACAAGUGGUGGAAAAAUCCCCAUAAGAUGGACUGCCCCUGAAGCUAUAGCCUACAGAAAGUUCUCUUCAGCAAGUGAUGCAUGGAGCUAUGGGAUUGUCAUGUGGGAAGUGAUGUCCUAUGGAGAAAGACCAUAUUGGGAGAUGUCUAAUCAGGAUGUUAUACUGUCUAUAGAAGAAGGUUACAGGCUUCCGGCUCCUAUGGGCUGCCCAGCUUCUCUCCACCAACUUAUGCUUCACUGCUGGCAAAAAGAGAGAAACCACCGGCCGAAGUUUACUGACAUUGUCAGUUUCCUAGACAAAUUGAUCCGCAACCCCAGCUCCCUUCAUACCCUAGUGGAGGAUGUACUUGUAAUGCCAGAUUCACCUGGUGAAGUUCCCGAAUAUCCUUUGUUUGUUUCAGUCAUUGAUUGGCUAGAGUCAAUAAAAAUGGGUCAGUAUAAAAAUAACUUCAUGGCAGCGGGUUUCACAACUUUGGAUGUGGUUUCAAGAAUGAGUAUUGAUGACAUUAGGAGAAUUGGAGUUGUACUCAUUGGACACCAGAGACGAAUAGUGAGCAGUUUACAGACUUUGCGAUUACACAUGAUGCACAUACAGGAGAAAGGAUUUCAUGUAUGAAAGUACUAGAAGCAACUUUGUUUUGUGCCUCAGCAUUUCUAAAAUGGAAGAUAUUCUCAUUCCUCCCUUAUGUUCCUCCCAACUUCAAGAACUGCAGUCUCCCGUUCAGACUAUAAACACGUACUUUUAUGUUAAUGCUUCCAAUGUGGAAUUUUUAAUCACACUGCAUAGUUCCUCUGUCAGUUACCUGCCAAUACAAUCCUGGCGCACUGCAAAACUGUUGCUACACACUGGUGAAUAACUCAGCAUGGAUGUGUAACUUUGUAUAACAGUAUUUGGGAAACUUUCAUGGACUUCUUUGAAAGUAAUAGCCUAUUUGGCCUGGUGUGGCUUCCUUAUUGAUGUAUUUAGAGUUUGAUGGUAGAUCAAAAAGUAAUUGACUUUUUUCAUGUUUUGUGAUCAUGUAGCUUCCAAUAUCAAAUGUGCAAUCAGAAAAAAAAGGUUGACAUAAAUAUUUAUUUUAUCUCUUAACUAAAUCCAAAUGUAUGGGUCAUAUUGUUACCUUAACUUUGUAAUAGUUUAAAUGCUGGUAAGCUGGUGCCUGAAAAUGUUAGAAUUCUUUGCAGAAAUGACCAGUGAUUUCAUGUAGUGAAUUCUCGUUAUGUGUGACUAACUGGGGUGCGGAUUAGAAAGAACUGAACUUUAAAUCUUCCUGAGCCCUGGGCUUAAAUUUAUUUGUAUAAGCAUCUGACAUUAUUUUAUCCAUUAUAGAGCUGGUUGCAAAAUUGGUUCAUUAUUCGAAUUUUUCACCAUUUUUCGUCCUUUUUUUUUUUUAAACUAAAUAUCUGCCUCUACCACAUGGUGAGUAACCCUUGGAAAGGCUGUUGUAACAAUUCUCAAGCCACACAGAAUAUUCAGUUGUCAGCUAUACUGCACACUGCAGUCACAUAGACUUUACAGAGCUUUCUGCGCCAAAGCCUCUACCACUGCAGCUAACGGAGAAUCUCCAUUAGGUUAGUAGUUUUAGGGCUUAUAUAACUUCUGUGGGCCAGCUAUUAGAGGGAUGAUGAGAUCCUCAUACUUGAGCAGGUCUGCCAUACCAUCCACGAGAGAUCAGUGGAACACAAACAAAUUAAUCACUACUGUAAGUUACGCUAUGUAAGAGUGCGGCAUUAGUUACUACAUUUUAUGUAGGCAGAGAGAAAGGCCUAGGACAGCAGUGUAAUAAUAUGUUGCCUUGAGUCUACUUUUAUAUGUUUGCUGUUAGAAGUAAAAAGCAGCCUAUGAUGAAAUGGAGUUCUAGUUAUUAACUAACUGGUCUUCAUUUAGUACAAACGUCUAACUGACAUCUCAGAUAAUUCUCUUUAAAACUAGAACUCUUUAAUAGCCAUAUUUACAUGCAAGAAAAUGGAUGCAAAGGCCGAACACAAUAUUUGUACCUCUAUAAGACUUAAAGCUUUCAUGCUCUAUUCAGAUGACUUACAUAGAUAUACUGGACUACAUUUUCAAAACUUGCAUGAGAUAUGCGCUACUGUGAACUAUGAAAUGGGCGCAUGUCUGCAUGCUCUGAAAGCCACGCACAUUUUUACAUGCAUGUCACAUGUAAACUGGGUGCAGAUGUUUGUGUUAAUUUGUUUACCAUUUUUAAAGUUAUGUGGAGCUACAAUAUACUUGAGCAUUAUUAAUUUUCAGUUAAAAAGAGCAUUUGGGACGAUCAGUAAAAUGUAUAUGUAUUACAAAAUGAAUUAACCAGACUAAGUAAUCAUCAUGCUAUUUAUUGCUUAAUUUGCAACUUAAAAAGCAUACUUCUUGACACUGGGAAAAAGCUGCUGUUAUAUAUGGAAGGCAGAGAAGGAAGAGCAGGAGAAGAUUCAAAAAGGUUUAUCCUUCUAACCAGUUUCACAGCGUAAGACACACUGGGUCUGAUUCACUGCUGUUACUCCAUUUUUAUGCUGGUGUGACUUCACUGAUUUCAACAGAGUAAUAGUGGUGAAUCAAGUGCAUUUUUUUUGGUUUUGUUUUUCUAAAGUUCUAACAGAGGAAUAGAUUUCCUAAAGCUAUAGAUUCACUAGUAUCCUUGAAUGCUAAUUUGCUGAAUAUGUUUCAAGAACUUAGACCCCAGUCCCACAAACACAUACAAGAGUAAAUUUGUGCACAUGAGAAGUCCCAAUUAACUGAACAGGACAACAUGUAUGAGAGUGUUUCCAGGAUCAAGGGCCCUUAAUAGAACAAACUAGCUUUAGUUCUUCUCUGUGAAGCAAUCUCCCGUAAAUUUCUGCCCAAAUUCCACAUUUUAUUUUUUGUUAAGAAGGGUUCUCUUAUGGAACAAAAAAGCAUACCAUUUUUUCCAUGUUGUAAGACUUUUUUAAAAAAUAAGAACUUCAGAUUCAAAUCUAAAAGUUGAUUUUUCUUUACUGUUUUGCUUUCCCUUUUGCCUGCCAUUGCUUCCAUCUCCAUCAAGGUGUCAUUUGGGGAAGAGAUCUUUGCAAGCAGCUUUUUAAAUAUGUAAUGAGGAAUGGGAGUCAAGUAUUGUUAAGAGGUACUAAAAAAUUACUCAAAAUUAAUCCAAACCAUGUGGAUGUGUUCUUGCGCUCAUAUGUAUGUUUGUUUAUUUUUGGAAGUGUGGAUGCAAAGCUGCUUGUUACAUAUACAUUAAUCUGGAUAUGUCUCAUGGAAAUUAAUUUCCAGAUUUAUCACACUUUUGAAAAUAUAUUUUCAAUAGAACAAAUAUAAUAACAAUAUUAAAACAUUUAUUAAUUAAAUCUAUUUUUAUAAAAACAAGAGUUUAAGUAACCAGGGAAGGAGUGACAGAGGAUUCUUUUGGUGAGGACAUUUAUUUAAGAAAAAAAACAAACUAAUCAUCAUCUCCUAGAGUUUGUGGGUUUCUGUGGAUGGUUUUUAUUGUUGUUGUGCUGCAUAACUCUUUCUUAAUAAUGAUCUUGAUCAAACUUACAUUUCCCCAGCUUUAGAAACUGCAUUUUUACUCUUGCUCGAACAUGAUGCCCAUUCCACUGUUUCAACAUACAAAAGAAAUGCAAUGAGGUUUGAGGUUUUUUAAUAUGCUGGUGUUGUCUUUUCAAAUGUGUACAUUUCUGUGCAGGCUACAAAUGUAUGCACAAUGUUACCAGCAGCUUCCACUAAGAUGGAUGACUGUUUCUCCAGAUGGAAAUUAGCUGCCCUUAGUGUACGCAGUUAGCAUUCAAACUGAUUUACUAGGCUAUUCUUAAAAAAUCUAGCUCUCAGUGAACACCAUUCAGUAACCAAAAGUGUUUGUUGAAAAUGCACAGAAUAAAGGGAGUGUGAGAGAGGCAAAUACAAAAAUUUGAUUUAAAAUAUGAGCAUAGAAAAAUGUACUGAUAUAGUAAUUUACAGGUGCAGUCUCUGCAUACAUUCUUCUCAAUGAUUUUAUUGUUGUUCAUCUAGAAUGAAAUACAUCCAUCUGCUAUUGGCCUACAUGGGUUCUUUGCACCAUUUAAGCCUUCAAAAUAGGGCUCAAGUGAUACUUAUGUAGUGAACAGCUCUUGUGCUGGCUCUCUGCAAAGGGAUGAAUUUCAUCCCUAAUCCAUAGUACUGAUGAUAGUUUACUUGAAAUGAGAACUACAGAAACCCAGGUCUGGAAUAUAUUCUGUCCCUGAGAUAUUUGCACACAACUGGUAGCAUGCGAGUCAUUGUGAAGACGUGGGUUUCUCAUGAGAUAAAAGGAAGAGAAUUUAGGAGAAAUGGGUUUCAAUUUGCCCUAAUGAACAAGUUGCCUCUGUUAUAUUUUCCUUCAACAUAAGUUAGACAUGAUCAGUAGCAGCUCAAAUGUAGGCUUCAGUCAUGAGUAUUAUGUUUAUUCUAGGCCAUCAGCUGGGACUUUAUGACAAAAUAUGUACAUUUUCAACAUAAAACGAUCCUUUAAUUGAAAACAGAUUCAAACAUAAAUUCAAAAUGAAUGUAUUAUGAUCAUAUUUGUUGCUUUGGCCUACCCACUCUUCAAGUUUGUCCUAAACUUUGGUAGACAUUUGCUGGACUAAUCAUCACUUACACAGGAAUAUUUCAAUAUAUAGCUCAUAUACUGAAGUAUUUUGAUGAUAUUUAACUUAGAAUUUUCUGUUUUCUGUUUCUUUAAAUAUAAUGGAUAUGUUCGUUAGCUGCACCAAGCGUAUUGUCAGUGCAGCAGGAAAAUGGCCCAAAUGUGGCUCUAAAGUAACUUUUAGGUUUCUCCAUCCUGGGGUAGCUGAGGGUGUAACUGGCCCCCAGCACAAGUUAGAGCAGGUACAAGUAACUUCCAUUGAUUGGAAUGGUCCCAUAGGGGCCAUUCUGGCAUUUGGGGGUUGCUGUAGCAUAGCACACUCUGGCCAAAUACCCUCAUGACUCUAACUCACCUUGGAAUACCCUCUGCACAGAGUGGGGGAAAGCAGGUAGCAACUGAGCUGACUACACCUGCUUUAUGCUAUCAGGAGAUUGUCUGCUGACAGAGAAAUCUCCAGAUCCCCUUUUAGGACAGUUUUAAAUCCCAUUUAGGUCCCCCUAUAACAGAAACAAAACACUUGCCCAAAAGACAUAUUCCAUGCAUUUGGAAUCCACAAAUCUCUUCCUCCGCCACAUAUAAUCCUUAGAAGAUAGUAGUACAUGCUGUUCAGACAAGAAUACUGUGGUGGAAUAUAGGUCCUCAGAUUACAGACUAGGCUACACAGAGCACGGUAUGGCUAUAAAAAGUGUGUGUGUGUUAUAGUAGUUGAGAUUUUCAAAGUAGACUACUGAAUUUAAUUAUACAACUCUUGUUAAAACUAACAGGACUUGUGUGGCUAAAUCCUCCAGUCAGCUUUGAAAAUUUCAGCCAAUGUGUAUCGUGUUCCUGGCUUCUUGUCUGAAAAUGUACAUCCCAAAACAAAUAUAUUAAGAAGUGCAGAAGAGUGGCUCUCAAACUCAAACUAUGGAGAGCUGGCUGGUCACACGAUGCUGGCCCCCCUCUUAAUUCCAGUCACUAAAUCACAUUAAAAACAUUGAACACUGUCCUAAUGAUACUUUUCCAUGUGAAUAAUUGCUGUAGUUGCUGUACAGAUUUCAAGUGAUCAUGAAUGGUAGGGGAGGUGUUCUUCAGCCAAUCUCUUGAUUAAGAUGUGGUCCAUAUUGUAAAAUAAAGGUUGAGAUCUCCUGGUGUAGUAGCUCAAGAUGCUUAUACAGUAUAAAUUAUUCUCUUUUAAAUGUCAUCUUAUAGGAUCUCAUCCUCCCAUCCCCGGAUAAUUUAAGGGAAAGUCUCAAGGCAAUGGGACUUUCCAGAUUUUUUAAACAAGAAGUAUUCAAGUUUAGAAAAGACAAUAGGCAGAAGCUUAUUAUGGAGAUAACAUUUGGUUUAAAAUAAAUAGUAAGCAUUAUGAGAUUAUAAAUCAUAUUUUCUUAUUUUAUUAUGCUAAAUAAUGACAUCAGUUCACGUAAGAGUAUCUCUGUGUGUUUCUUUAAGAUGUUCUCUAACAAUAUCUCUCACUUUUCCCUUAUUGCAAGAGAUUUCUCAACUGUUCCUCUAUUCCACAAAGACCUCUUCUAUUAUCCCUGUAUAAUUAAAUGAGAAGCUAAGGAUAUGGAAAACUUUAUAUUAAAGAAACCAAUCCCAAAAUCAUUUCAAGCUUUCUUCUCUGCUAUUUUUGCUGUGUUCCUAAUUUGUGAUCUACUUCCCACAUUUAGGCAAUGUCAGGUUAGGCGCUAUGUCUGUAUCUCAGAAAUAAUAUAUGUACUAUACUAAGUUGCUAUAGUAGGCCCCAAAUCUGCAAACAUUUAAGCACACAUGACUUCAAUAGGACUACUCACAUGAGUGAAGUUAGGCAUAGAUUUAAAGUGCUUGCGGGAUUGAGGCUUUAAUAAGUAUGUAUAAAGCAACAUUAGAUAAUGUGUUAAUUUUAUAGUGUUUCUUUUAACUUCAAUACCAUAUUUUGUUUACCUGAGUUGAGGUCUAAUCUAUGUGGCAUUUUUAUAAAAUCUUCUGAUUAUGUCUUUCUUUAAUAUGUUGGAAGAUUUUGUUCAGUUACUGGCUAUCUUUAUUUAGGGAAUUCCAUUUGUUUCUAUAAAUAUUCUCCUCUUAGGCCUGGUCCACACUAAGCCCCCACUUCGGACUAAGGUACGCAAAUUCAGCU